AUGUCGUCCUCGAGCACGUUUUUCCGAACCAAUACCACAAUGCGAGGCUUAGCUCUCGCGGCGACGCUUUUUUCAACCGCACCUGUGGUCGACGCUCGUAGUAGGAAAGUCAUCAACGGCAUUCCAGAUACAAUUCGACCCUCGUGCCCAAGAGGCCCGCCCACAGAAGAACAGACUCACAGUCGUGUUGAGUUUGGUGAUAAGGUGUUUAUCAAACUGUCCGCCUACCACGAAAACCCCGAAAGCGCAGAGGGCAUGGAAUACAGUACUUUCUCCUUGUGCUCCUUGAGAACUUAAUGUAAUAUUUGAUUUUAUGUUGAUGCUGAUUCCUGUAGGUGGACUUUUGGAGAUAUCCAUCCGUCCCGUGAUAGAUAAGUGUAAGGACUACAACGUCAGCGGCACAUCUCCUUCGUCAAGUUAAGAUGUUGAACGAUAUUUCACACAUCAGGUCCCGACCUCGCCGAACAGGAAGUUAUGGUCGGACGCGCCCGUUUGCCGAUCCUGAACGAGUUUCUUACUGGCAUGUGCCCCAACGAAGUACGCCGCAUCUUUACUUGGGUUCAACCGAAGGUAUACAGCAGAUCCUACUCGUAUGAUCUUUUCUUCUGUGGGUUAUGAACGACUUAUCCUCCAUCGUUUGUAUUCCCAGCAAAGCUUUCCAAAUACAGUAAGGUGAAAUUCAAGAUCAAGGUUGGUGUUGUAGUUCUUUCAAUCAGCACUACCGCUAAAGCUAACGGAUCAAUUAGGACUCAAUAUUUAUUAGCCUUGAUCUAUGUAGUGUGCAACCCCAACCUCAUGAAUUUACCAAACCAGAUCAAAGCUGGCCCACUUGCUUACAUUGUAGAGCUCAAGGAAAUUAUUGCAAAAGGAGCGCUUUUUUCCGCGGACGGCACCGAGAAAGCAGAGGUGGAGGAGAGUGUCUACCCGAAGGAAAAAGUAGACGAGCAAGCAGCGGAGGCCGAAGCAAAGACGCGAGGCUUCGGACAUGAUGAACUCUGAACCGAAAUAGGUUUGAUAAUGUAUGAAUUUUGCUCGAUGUUGAUGAACACAAACUAUUGACCUUUUUUGAAACUCCAAGAACUGAUGAUAUCAGACUAACUAAGUACAUCUACAUGCUUUUUUGCUACUUUAGCUUGACAGAUCUGCAGCUGAAAAUGUAACGCACAGAAUCAUGAAAUCCGUCCGUCUCAGUGGGCACAUAAACUAAAAAAUAAGUACUGCAGUGAGCACAACUAUUUCUCAUCAUGUGGUUCUGCAUAACGACCAUCGGGGUGAAGUCAUCGCUUAUGUGUUGACCAAGAUGAUUAUGAGUCAGUAAAUGUAACAAAGUUGUUUUUGAGUACGUGAAUUUACAGAGAAACAAUUCAUGCGGCUUUUUAUGGAGAUUAUUAUCAUCAUUUAUCAUCAUAUUCAAGUCUAAAAAUGAGGACACUGAGAUGUUUCGAUAUUUGAUUUUUCAACUUGCAUGUCACUGUGCAAGAAGACGAAGUCUGGCAUCAUGAUGGAAAACUUAGAAGAAUUUUAUUUCAACGAGUAAGAGAACGAGGAUGUACAUAGAAAGAUAGUCAGUGAGAAAGAGCAGAAAGCAAGAACGAAGUACUAGUACAGAGGGCAAGUUUACUCACUCUCGAGAAAUAUUAUGACUCAGAUGAUUCCAAAAACGGCCGAUUUUCAAUUUGUGGUCUUUUGAAUUUCAAAUAGAAUGAGGGACCAGAAGACUUCCCUGUGCGUGGAAGACGGCAAGACUGGUAUAGCACUCUCUCUAGAUAUAGUGAUUUUCCGUGUUCUAUAAGUUGUGCAUGAACGAGUCACACUGAGUUGAUCGAUGUAACAAAAAGGUGUGUGUGAAAGUCUGCCAAAGGGACCCUCAGGGCGGAAGGAUUAGAAGAAAUAAGAUGUUAAAAGUGACAAUGCAUAUGCAUACUACUCAAAAACGAGUGUUCGUAGGUUGACAAAACACAUGGAGCGCAAGUGAAACGGCGAGAACUUUGCAACGAGAGACGAUUUGGUGGACUCCCCGACAUGUAUGGCAUAAGGAUAGUAGUCAUGUACAACGAAGAACAAGAACACAAGUUGUGUUAGUAUUAUCAGGUGAUUUGUAAAGUCAAGCUCAAGCUGUAGUGGCGG